AUGGCAGCAAAAAUCUCUAAACCAACGUCUAGUAAAGGUGAUGAAUUUAAGGAAUUGCUAGUCGAAGCCAGAAAACAGGCCAAACUAUACGAAGGACGCCCCACGUCUUAUAGCAGGAGAUCUUGGAAAAGUAAAAGGACCGAAUUUUGGGCUCCCGGUCCAGAAAAAAACCACUACGCACCUUACCCACCACCGCAACCUUAUGCUCAGUACCCACCUGCAGUCCAAGGAUUACCUGCUAUUUCUGUGGUGGCGCUGGUCACACAGCAUCCAUAUGUCCCUCGAAAGAAAAGGGAACAAACUGAAGGAAAUAACGAACAAUAUGGACAAAAGCAGGGAGGUGGUUGGGAAAAUCCACGAGCCAGAGGCCGUGA